CGAGUUCUGACUUUUGAGACUUCCUGAGGUUGUGUUUGACCUUUUCCCCCUCGACUUUUGGACGUUGCGAGUGAUAGUGCUAUUGGAGACUGCUGCUUGACUGGGUCUCUAUCUGCUUGAUAUCUCUGCUUGAUCUCAGACGUCGAAGUCUCUUGGUUCGCCGUUGCAUCUCUUUGCUUUGUGUCAAUUUUGCGUCGUUGGGUCAACUUGAAGUUCUCACUCGCCGGAUACUGGAAGUUGGAGCAUUAGAGACAUACGACCAGUUGGACAGUCAGUUUCCAAAGAAGGGCAUCUGUCGACGUCUCUCUUCGUUCUCCGAUUGCUUUGACUGUUUGCGCUGCCUUAUCCCCCUCGCAUAAGGGCCGUAGCCUUCCUCAUAACUUCGGGUUCGAUCAAAGGCCUGCGACUUGCAUACAUACGUACAACUACCGCACACCACAGCAAAGCGUCUGUUAAAAGUACUACAAGGGGCUGUACUUGACUCUAGCGAAGACGCUUCGGUGAAUUCUUAUCCGUACUGUCGCCCGUUACCACCAUAUCCCCACUACCGAAACUUCACCAGCGUCAACGCCACUCCCCAGUGGACCACCUCACAUCCAUUGUCAUCUCGUCAUCUCUGCAUUUUCCCGGAUUCCCACCAGCCGACCACGUAUCGUCAUGGAUCGGUUACCAUCCGAACUCCUCCUUCACACCUUCGAACUCGCCACCGCAAUCCCAAACCUCCCUCUCACAUCCGCCUUAUCCUCUUUCGCUUCCCCAUCUCCCUCCCCAUCAUCGUCUCCGUCCUCUCGCACAUUUCCAUCCUCCUCCUCCUCCUCCAUCUAUUCCCCUCCUUCUCCUUUCGCACUUCCAAACUCUUCCUUCCCUCCCUUCGUCGUCUCCCCCGACUCAUACGGUGGCACCGAAGAUCUACUCACUUCUAUACGGACUAGUCGAGCACUCGUGAGCGUUUGUAGGCGAUGGCAUGGAUUGGCUAUGGGCGGUCUCUAUAGGGCCUUGCCGAUCUGUAUCGAUGCGAAGAAGGACGGCGAUGUCGACCUAUCGAGGCUCAUCCAGCUACGCGACACACUCGUACGAUCAGCGCAACACUCCUCCGCCGAUGACCAUAACGGAGGUGGUACAGAUCGACCUGGCAUCGGCAAUGGGACACCAGGCAAACACCUAGGCCAUUAUACCCGCUACCUCCUCUUUGCAUCUCUCCCGCCGUACGAAUUAUGCAAGCCAUAUAUCCCGACGAUCAAGCAGCUGAGCUGUGAUAUUAUCGCAUUGCUACCGAAUCUGGCGGUGUUCAGCUAUAGGAGCAGGUCUACGAUUCUGACGAACAUGAUUCCUGUGUUGCUCGAUACUGCUGGUCGCUCACGAGGUUGGAGUAGCGACGAGGAUGGAACAAGAAGGGAAAGGGAAGGAAACCUGAGGAUGGUGCAUAGCGUUUGUGCGGCGAGUUGGAGGGACGUGGAGGGUGGCGUGGGAUGGGCAUUAGGACGGGAUGAUGAAGGAGGGGAUGGUGGAUGUGAGGACAUACGGGCGUGGCUCGUCGGGGCAACUACGGGGACCAGAAGCCUUUGCGCGGAUUCGAGUCCUUCAGGAGGGGGUGGAGGAGGACGGACGAGGUUAUGUCCGAGCGAGAUGUUGAAAUGGAGGAGGUUAACGUUCGCGAGGGUCGUGUUGAGCUCUGCGUGCGACUAUUGUUGCCACCUUCAACCACUCUCAUCCGAGCCCGGCUCGAAUCCUCCGGAAGUACCGUCGUUGUCUUCAUCUUCGGCUUCGACGUCUUCCCACGAGCCACAACCGAACCCGAACCUCACCCAACUCUUCCUACUCGCCACCCACCCAUCUCACGUCCACAACUUCCCCGCGUCAUCCGACCAUUCCCUAUACGCCAAUAACUUCCAUACCAACCACGGUCCCGACCCGAUCGACACGACCCUCCUAUGCGUCACCUCGCCUUGCACGCGGCGUUUCCUCCAGGUUCAGGGCCGGUACCUGAAGACCGUGUAUAUCGACGUCGAUUAUUUUGGGAAAGAGGCGUUGCAGGAGCUUUUAUAUCUGUUGACGAGGUAUUCUUCUCCGUCUUCGGGUGGGAGUCCAGAUGGAGAGGCAGGCUCAGGGUCAAGUUCUGGGACGUCCUCGCCUACGAGUUCUUUCUCUCCCUCAGGGUCUGUAACAGAUUCGGGAUAUUACUCCGGCUCGAUCUAUGACGGUGUCGGAGGAGAAGAAGAAGGGAGAUUGGGGUUGAACGUGAUUUUGUUGUUGGAUCGCUGGGACCAGUUUCCUUCGGAUUUGCAUGUCCCGGUGGGUAUCAAGGCGUUGGGUGUUCAUGUGAGGACACCGUGGAGGAGUCAUCCGUGGCAUGUUUCGAAGGGGUUGAAGAGUGCGAGUAUUACGCCUUAUUCUGAUUCGUUGGAGCAGGACGGGGAAGGUGGCAAAGGAGUCGACGGAAGUGGUGGCAGCGAGAUUGCGAGGAUGGGUGGGAGGAGGGUGAGGGGAGGGUUGGAAGUGAUUAGAUUCUUUAAUGAGGAGAAGAUGCCGGGAGUGAAGGCUGUUUGUGCGAGAGUAUUCGGGAAGGGGCUGCGAGUUGAGGAUGUGGAUGAUUGGGGAGGUUGAAUGCCG